CAUCGCUGGCUAGCCCUCGAAGCGUCUCGCGUGCCCAUCUUCGGUAGCAUCGCGUAUCGCGCCACAGACGUUAUAUCUGGCGUCGCGACGCCCUCGAGCCUCAGCCACUCCUCAGCCGCCCGUCGAUUCACAGCUCACCCCAACGAAAAACUAAAGCAGCAGUAAAAUGUGUGAUGACGAAGUAGCAGCCCUCGUCGUAGAUAAUGGUUCCGGCAUGUGCAAGGCAGGUUUCGCCGGAGACGACGCUCCCCGCGCCGUCUUCCCCUCGAUUGUUGGUCGACCUCGCCAUCAGGGAGUGAUGGUCGGCAUGGGUCAGAAAGACAGCUACGUGGGUGACGAGGCCCAGAGCAAAAGAGGUAUCCUAACACUAAAAUAUCCGAUCGAGCAUGGUAUCAUCACUAACUGGGAUGACAUGGAGAAGAUCUGGCAUCACACUUUCUACAACGAAUUGCGCGUCGCACCAGAGGAACACCCUGUCCUCCUCACUGAAGCGCCUCUCAACCCAAAAGCUAAUCGCGAGAAGAUGACGCAGAUCAUGUUCGAAACCUUCAACAGCCCGGCCAUGUACGUCGCCAUCCAGGCUGUCCUUUCCCUAUACGCUUCCGGUCGUACCACCGGUAUCGUCCUAGACUCCGGUGACGGUGUCUCUCACACCGUACCUAUCUACGAAGGUUACGCCCUUCCUCAUGCCAUCCUCCGUCUGGACUUGGCUGGUCGCGAUCUUACUGAUUAUCUCAUGAAAAUCCUCACCGAGAGAGGCUAUAGCUUUACCACCACGGCUGAGCGAGAAAUCGUCCGCGAUAUCAAGGAAAAGCUGUGUUAUGUCGCUCUGGACUUCGAACAGGAGAUGGCCACCGCAGCUGCCAGCACCUCUCUUGAAAAGAGCUACGAGUUGCCCGAUGGUCAGGUAAUCACCAUUGGUAACGAGAGAUUCCGCACACCAGAGGCUCUCUUCCAACCUUCCUUCCUGGGUAUGGAAUCUUGCGGUAUUCAUGAAACCGUCUAUAAUUCCAUCAUGAAGUGCGACGUCGAUAUCCGUAAGGAUCUCUACGCCAAUAAUGUCCUCUCCGGUGGUACUACCAUGUAUCCCGGUAUCGCCGAUCGUAUGCAGAAGGAAAUCACUGCCCUCGCGCCCUCGACCAUCAAGAUUAAGAUCAUCGCUCCUCCUGAGAGGAAGUACUCCGUAUGGAUCGGUGGUUCCAUUUUGGCUUCUCUGUCUACCUUCCAGCAGAUGUGGAUUUCCAAACAAGAGUAUGACGAAUCUGGCCCUGGCAUUGUCCAUCGCAAAUGCUUCUAAACGCAUCAUUACACGAUUGAUGCAACAGCGUAAUU